GGGACCGUGAGCGUCACCCUCGCCGUCUACCGCGCCAUCGGAUUCCUCUGGACUUUCAUCCGACCAUCCAAUCUCCAGAUCUACUGCCACGCGGAGAAGGGAUCGUGGGCGCUCGUCACCGGCGCCACCGAUGGCAUCGGGCGCGGUUUCGCCGAAGCGCUCCUCUCUCGCGGUUUCAAUGUCCUUCUCCACGGCCGCAAUCCGGAGAAACUUGCGCGAGUGAAGACCGAGCUCUCCGAAGACUUCCCGUCCCGGCAGAUCGCCACCGUGGUCGCGGACGCCAACGGCCCCGCGUCGGGCGCCGACGCCCACGACGCCUACACGCACAUCGCCUCGACCUGCGCGUCCCUGCCCAAUGACGGCAGGCUCACGGUGCUGGUCAACAACGUCGGCGGACUGCCGUCGGCGCCCAACGGCUCGGGCUUCUACCGGCCGGGCGAGCUGCCGCACGACUUCAUCGACGGGGUGAUCAACAUGAACGCGCGCUUCACCACGCAUCUCACCCGCGCCUUGCUCCCCCUCCUCAAGGCGAACGGACCCGCGCUGGUCCUGAACUGCGGGAGCAUGGUCAGCCGCAGCGCGCCGCCGUUCCUCAGCACGUAUGUGGCGACGAAGGCGUACAUCGAGGGCUUGACGAGAGGGUUGCAGGCGGAUCUCGCGGCGGAGGCCAUCCUCUUCCCCUCCAAGGAGAAAUCCAGCCCGGCAUCAGGAGGAGGGGGGAAGAGGAUCGAGGUCCUCGGCUUCUGGAUCGGGAACGUGCUCUCCGGGAACAACAAGGUGAACGUCCCCUUCUUCACGCUGACCAGUCGGCAGUGUGCCGAGGGCUGCCUGGCGAGGGUCGGGUGUGGCGUCCCCAUGACGUUCCCGAGUUGGAGGGUCUGGGCGAUGUUGAGCCUGACGGAGAUGAUGCCGACGAGGACGAGGGAGAAAUUGGUGGCUACGCAGAUGGGGGAGCGGAUGAAGGGGGAUAAGAAGGCAGAAUGA